GAGCAGUUGCAACUGCGUUGCAGUCGCUGGCAUUCGGAAUUCAGGCUGGAAUCGGAAUCGGAAUAUAUAUAUAUAUCGAGAAUUAUAUAUUAUUAAAUCGGAAUGGCGCUGGAGGCGCUCGUCACGGCUUUGGCCUGCCUCAGCACCACCACAAAUGCCACGAGCAACUUGCCAGGAAAACACUUUUCCGUGAUAAUGAGAAACUCGGCGGAGCCUUUUCUUCUCUCUGAAAAUGGCACUGCCAGCUGUCCUGUUAGCACUUUGGGUGGCCUAGCACUUCGCAUACAAUUCAUGACGAAUGAGCUGCAAUCUCUUAAAAGUGAACUCAAUGAACUGCAGGGACUUAUAGAGGAAUAUAAAAAUCAGGGCACUGGAGUGCCCAUUGCAACCAGAUUGCUCCGCCCAUUGCCGCCCAGUGUCCAGACCUUUCCCCUGGCCCUGGCCACGCCCACCGAUGAUACGCCCAGGAAUUGCCAUGACGAGAAGCACGGGCAGGUGAGGAUCCGGAUUGCACCCGAUGUGGAACCCUUCUUCGCGAGCUGCGACCAGAAGGUGAGGGGCGGCGGCUGGAUGGUGAUCGCCUAUCGGUACGACGGCAGCGAGGACUUCAACAAGGACUGGCAGAACUACAAGUCGGGCUUUGGGGCCCUUAACGGGGAGUUCUUCAUCGGCCUGGACAAGUUGCACCGCCUGACGAACAGCGAGCACCACGAGCUGCUCAUCGUGAUGCGAAAUAAGAAUCGGGAGGAGCGCUUCGCCCUGUACGAUCACUUCAGUAUUGGCAGCGAGUCGGAGAAGUAUCUUCUGUAUGUCCUGGGCGCCUACAAGGGCGAUGCGGGCGAUUCGCUGCGCUAUCAUGCGGGCAAGAAGUUCACCACCUUCGAUCAGGACAACGAUGAUAAUGGCCAGAACUGCGCCAGGACUCACGCGGGUGCCUGGUGGUACGGAAGGGAGUGCUUCGAGAGCAACCUCUUUGGCACCUUCCAGUCGAAGUACGGCCAGGAGAUUGGCUACUUCAAGGGCAUCCUGUGGAAGACCUUCCUGCCAGGACCCACCGGCUCCCUCAGCUACGUCCGCAUGCUCAUCCGGCCGCUCAAGAAGUCGUAGGGGCCGCACUAAACACAAGACUCCUUAGCCAUAUAAACACACAUAGACUACAAUAAAUGUCGAUUAUUUAGUAA